ACUGUCAGUGUUGGCUGUGACAGCUGGGAGUCUGAUGGCCCAGGGUUAGCGCAUCCUACACACACUCGCCCGGCAGCUCCUGCACAUCUUCUACCUCCUUGCUUUGCAUACCCUGAUUAUUUAUUUUUAUUCUCGGCUUUCUCAACUUUGUGUUAACAAAGGACACUGAUGAGAGGAUGUCAGUUGCAGGGUUAAAGAAGCAGUUCCAUAAAGCCAGCCAGCUAAUCAGUGAAAAAAUUAGUGGCGCAGAAGGAACAAAACUUGAUGAUGAUUUUCAGGAGAUGGAAAGAAAAAUUGACAUCACCAAUAAAGUUGUUGCUGAGCUGCUAUCAAAAACUACAGAAUAUCUACAGCCAAAUCCAGCAUAUAGAGCACGGCUGGGAAUGCUAAACACCAUGUCAAAAAUCAGAGGACAAGUAAAAACUACAGGAUAUCCACAAACAGAGGGGAUGCUGGGAGACAGUAUGCUGCGCCAUGGGAGAGAACUGGGGGAUGAAUCAGAAUUUGGGAGCGCCUUGCUGGAGGUUGGAGAAGGGAUGAAAGAAAUGGCAGAGGUGAAGGACUCUCUUGAUAUUAAUGUGAAGCAGAACUUUAUCGAUCCUCUUCAGUGUUUACAGGACAAAGACUUAAAAGAAAUUGUGUAUCAUCUGAAAAAAUUAGAAGGACGCCGUUUAGAUUAUGAUUACAAAAAGAAGCGCCAGGGGAAGAUUCCGGAUGAAGAAAUCAGACAAGCGGUUGAGAAGUUUGAAGAAUCAAAAGAACUGGCUGAAAGGAGCAUGUUUAACUUUUUAGAAAAUGAUAUAGAACAAGUCAGCCAGCUGGCAGUAUUCACAGAAGCUGCAUUAGACUAUCACAGACAGUCAGCUCAAGUUCUUGAGGACCUUCACAGCAAACUACAUAACAGACUUAAUGCAGUGUCCAGGCGCCCUAAAAGGGACUUCCAUUCAAAAUCAAUAAUAUCAACCUUGGAAUCUAGUGAAAAGCUGCACCAUAAUGGAGUUUCUUACAAAUCAUCAAUCAAGUUAUCAGGUUCUGCAUCACACUUGGACCAGCCCUGUUGCCGAGCGCUGUAUGACUUUGACCCAGAAAAUGAUGGGGAACUUGGAUUCAAGGAGGGUGACAUCAUUACUUUAACUAACCAAAUUGAUGAGAACUGGUUUGAAGGGAUGGUCAGUGGUAAUUCUGGAUUCUUCCCUAUCAAUUAUGUGGAAGUGGUGGUUCCUCUUCCGCAAUGAAAUGCAGACUAUGACUUUGGAGACACCAUGCAAAAGGGGACUCACAAGCAGUCUGAAUGUGGCAUUCUGUGAACGCCUUGCUACUGGAGUGACUUACAACUUUUAGUAUGUCUCAUCUCUUUUAUAUGUAUUUAUUUUGUAUUAAUUUUAUUUUUAUGAAAACAUUGACAUUCUGUUAUAUGGAAAUGAAAAUCUAUUUUCGUCCUUCUUGUUGUACGUAGAAUUCUACAUUGCAUUGUUUCAGAAGUGACAUUUUGACUCUGUGUGUAGACUGCUAAGAGACAGUAUUUUAUAGCUGUCUACUAGUAUUUUAAAAAUUCAUUACAGUUGUCAGUCCCUGUAAAGUAACUGAUUUCUGUAAAAAAAACCUUUAACUGUGAAUAUACUUAUACAUGUUGCACAAUUAAAAAAGGGAAGACAAUAUUGCUAUAAAAGUUGUUGUAAACCGUCUUAUAUAACAUGCCAUGUUUAUCUGACCAAAUCUAAUAAAUAUAUUGAAAGCC